AUGACAGGAUGGAGACAGAGGCGACCAAGGAGGACAAACCAACAAUUGCCAGCUCCUGAACAGCGUACUGCAGUAUCUUCGACAAUUCCAGAACAAGCAACUGCACUCAACUCCUCUUUUGACCUCCUUGUUUCUAAUCUUUCAGGGAUGGACAUUUCUGCAAACUCCUCUAUUGGCUCACCAAGUCAAAUCUUCGGAGCCACAAGCUAUGGAUCUCAUAGUUUCUCCUCUCCUUGUGGCUUCGGUUCCGCACCAACAAGAACCAGGCCCAGCUACCCUCUUCCCAACUAUCACCAAGAUGGUUCCAAGAAAUGGCCAAACCUCAUCUAUAAUUUUCCAGAACAUGGCCACCGCCACGGAAACACAUUCAUUUGCCAAGGUCUGAUCGAACAAGACCAUAUUGAGUAUCAAACCAUCACUGUGAACUGCUCAUGCCCCCCAGAUGACUACAAGUUCUAUGAACUCAAAAUCGCAAAUUCUUUUGAGGUGCCAGCUUGCUUUCAAAAGCAUCUCGGUCGUAUUCUUUUGUUUCGAGAGCCAGUAGCCAACUUCACUGCACGUCAGUACCAGAAGUUUGGUAUUGCUAAGUCCGAUAAUCCCGGAGCAAAGAAGACUGUUGUCAAUGCCCUGAAGGCAGAGGCAGUGAAUGCUGAGAGAGACUUGGACCUAUUUUUCAAUUACUCGAUCAUCGUGUUUUCAAUGGAACAACCAGUGUUUGCGAAUAGAAUCUUCUCCCCCAAGUCGGACUUUAUUGUUGACAGCAAGAAGAGUGGCAUCCAUAACAAGCCUGAAGAUAACACCAGUUUCAAGAAAGACCAGUAUGGCCUCACUCUUUCCUGGAAGAUUGCUUUGGCUGGGGAAUUCCAAGAACACCUGUGA